AUGAAAGGUUACUUGAUUUUCGUGAUCCUGGUACUUUUGGCCAUCGGUGCCGAAGUCGCUUUCGGUGACUGCCUGUCAGGAAAAUACGGAGGUCCGUGCGCAGUUUGGGACAAGGACUUGCAAGGAAGAAGGAAGAACUGGAGGGCAUUGCAGCGCUAG